GGCGGUUGUGGUUGAGCGCGCUUUGUCGGGUGCUGGCGGCGUUUGACUUGUGGACGGUCCAUGCGGUGUUGUUGACACUUCCUUCGAACGGGAGCCUGUCACCAUGGUGUAGAAUGGCAGAACAGCCAAGCAUUCCCUUCAGAACCACGGGUUCCAGGGUGCUGCACCCACUCAGUGUCUUCCUCAACGUGCCGCUGGACCAGGUGAAUUUUACAGUCUGUCAAUUGUUUGCCCUGUUUGCUGCCUUCUGGUUCCGUCUUUAUCUCAGUCCUGGUAGAGCGGGUACUGUUGUACGUCAUGUGGUCGUUACAAUGAUUGGUAUAUAUUUUGCUAUCUUCUGCUUUGGAUGGUACUCAUUACAUAUUUUUAUAGAAGUUUCUUUAUGCUACAUUAUUAUGACAAAAGCAAGCAUCUCAACUAUACACAGGUAUUCAUUUGUAGCAGCAAUGGGCUAUCUCACGGUGUGCCAAAUUAGUCGAGUGUAUAUCUUCAAUUAUGGACUGCUGUCCACAGAUUUCUCUGGUCCUUUGAUGAUAGUCACCCAGAAAAUCACCAGCCUUGCCUUUCAAAUACAUGAUGGGAUGGGUCGUAAAGAUGAAGAACUAACAACCGAAGAGCGCAGUCUUGCUGUCAGUGCAAGACCUACUUUACUAGAAUAUUGCAGCUAUCACUUGAAUUUUCUUGGUAUUUUGGCUGGGCCAACCUGCAAUUACAGGGACUAUAUUGCUUUUAUUGAAGGAAACCAUAUAAACAUGAAACUAAUAGAAGAACAUAGGAAGCAAAGGGGCUAUACCAAGUUCCCUGAUCCCUCGCCAUUGAGAGCUGUAGCAAACAAAAUGAUUCUCACCUUUUUCUGUCUGGUUUGGUUUACGGGAAUUACAAAGAACUUUCCUAUCUCCCAUAACGUGGAUGACAAGUUUAUAAGUGAAACCUCAUUUUUCUGGAGACUCUGUUACCUCUUCAUCUCAGUACAUGCGUCUAGACCCAAGUAUUACUUUGCCUGGACUUUAGCUGAUGCAGUCAAUAAUGCAGGUGGCUUUGGGUUCAAUGGCCUUGAUAAAAAUGGCAAUUUGCGAUGGGACCUAAUCUCAAACCUAAACAUCUGGAAUAUUGAGACUGCUACAAGUUUUAAAAUGUGCCUGGACAAUUGGAACAUUCAAACUGGAGCUUGGCUAAAGAGUGUCUGCUACAAUCGGGCUCCCUACUUCCCCACUGCUCUGACAUUUAUACUUUCAGCCUUGUGGCACGGAGUGUACCCUGGCUAUUACUUCACUUUUGUAACUGCAAUCCCUAUCACACUGGCUGCAAGAGCGAUGAGAAGCAACUUCAGACAUUACUUCCUUUCUUCUAAGACAAUGAAAGUUGUGUAUGAUAUUGUCACUUGGACUUCAACUCAACUGGCCCUAUGCUAUAUUGUUACACCCUUCCUUCUACUGGCGACGGAGCCCUCCAUCAAAUUCUACAAGUCAAUGUAUUUCCAUUUUCACAUUCUGUGUGCCCUUGUGCUGCCAGUUCUGACAAUCAGGAAACGUAAGAUUGCUGAAAAGAUAGCAAAAAUCGAUCUGACCUCCUUGAAUGCCAACUCCUCCCAUGCAGCCCCCAGUCGCCAGCAGUCCAAGAAGGAGCAGUAGGAACGAAGUAUGCUGGAAGUAUGAAAUGCAAAAGAAAAACUGUUGAGGGAGGAAAACAAAAAGAUCUAGUUUUUUUGUAUCCGAGUGAUCUUAACCACGAGAGUACCCUGGUGAAGAUUUAAUGAAAUGAGUAGUUUAAUGAAGUGUGUGUAUGUGCACGUGUGUUUGUUUACUGUAUAGUGAUCCCUGUAUUGAACAGCCCUUUGUUACUGACCCUGCCCUAACUGUGCAGUUGAGUCAGGGUCAUUGGGGUCACAGAGGAAUCCAGGCAUUGCUGAUAUUCGCCAGCUUGUUGAGUGUUGUUUUCUUAAAAUAUGUUUGUCCCAUGAAUUUUUGGACACUUUCAUUGUGAAUGAAGCAUGUGUAUACAAUGACCUCUGCAGGUGAAGUAAUUGUUGAGUAAUAGUUCAAGAUUUCUUGGACCUACUGUUCAAACAAAAAAGAGAGCUUGAACUGUUGCUAUGAAACCUAUCCUUUUACAUUGUUAUUUGAAGCUGAUCUUCCAUUUUUUCUGCCCCCACCACAUAACACUAUUGGGCCAGCCAAUAGCCCAUUCAUGCUAUUGGCUGCCUUUCCUUGGCAAACAGUAAAACCCUUGCUCGUAAUUUCUAAUGUAUUGAUUUAUAAUCUAAUACCUUAUGAGCCUCAAGGCUGCAAGUGAUUGGUUUUGUCUCAUCACAAGAAGGAAUACAGAACUAAUUGUCUUAAGGAUAGUGGGUCUCUCCUCUUCUGGAGUGGAGCUCCCUAAUUGAAGCUCCACUGCUCCCAUCUCUCAUUUCAGCUGGAUGAAAAUGAGAACGUCAAAAUAAAAAGUGUAAUGGGAAGGCGAUCAUUCAGUCCACUCACGGCCAUGGAUUGCUUCAUUGAAGUAUACCAACUUAGUGAUUACAGUGAUUGAGUUCUGAGCAAAUAGCUCCACAGAUUGCACUGAACAUGAUUUCACCAAACUUGCAAUAAUUCAAUGUUCUGUUUUGUUUAUACAAUUUUUUGAUAAAAUCAAAACUACUUGUGAGAAAGCUUUUACAGGUAUGCUAAUAGAUUUUCUAAUGAUAGAAAACUGGAUG